AUGGCUGUUGAUCUUUCGGAAGGAGAGCCUAAACGUAGGCGUCAUUCGAAGAAAGGAUGUCUUACUUGCAAAGUACGGAAGAAAAGGUGUUCAGAGGAUAGGCCAAUUUGUAAAGAUUGUGCAAGGCUCAGUUUGGAUUGUGUGUUUCCGGACAAUUUGACUAAAGAUCAGAUAAGAGCUUAUAAAGUUUGGUUACAAACUGAAUUGAAGAAGAAGAAACUCAAGGUAAAUGCUGUGAUGUCUAUUAGCAGAGACUCUUCUUCUGCAGCUGGUUCUUCGACUUUGGUAAAUGGACAUUCUCCUUUUACUGCGGCAGUGGAUGCGGUCGGAGUUCAUUUGAAUAGUUUUAUGUCAAGUGGUAUGGCUAUGUCAAACUCCCAUUCCCACUCCCAUUCACAUUUACACCCGUCUCCUAAAUUGCCUGUAAUGAGCCCGUCCAUGCUGGACAUGGUACUUACUGAGAUUGAAUCUGAUGGAUCUUACCCUCAACAUAUGGGCUCAUUACUUUCACCAGGGUUUAGUGCCCUAGAUAAAAGUCAAGAGUCUCAGCAGGACGACGGCUCUGAAGAUAUAGAUCAUACUACGGCUAUUGCUCUUGUAGAUGAUAAUAAAACUAGCUUUUUGCAAGAUCUACAGAGGAAUACAAGUUCCAGCAUCAAUGCUGGAAAACUGAAUGAGGAAGGUACAGAUAUAGUGAAAUUGCAACGAGUCCAGUUUCCUGAUCCGUACAUGUCACAUCCUUUAACAGAACCACUAAUGAUGGAACUGGAUGCAACGGGACUGCAUCUUUACAACUAUUAUCGUGAUCAUUUAGCUCAGGUGAUUUGUAUUGCACCAGCAAGGCAAAAUUUUUAUCUCCAAUGUUUCCUUCCUAUGGCACAUAAACAUAAGGGGAUUCUAUAUGGUAUUCUUGCAUGGGCUGCUCAUCACCUUUCCAUUUCUAAAUCUGUGCCAGCGCUGGAUGAAGGUGGUGCUUCCACUCGACUUAUAAUAGAUAGAGACUCGCGUUUCUCAAAGUUGGCCAACAAUUACACAUUAGAGUCGCUACAAUGUUUAUAUGAACCACAGCACCAGCAAUCGCCAUCAUCAUUUUUAUAUUCCUUGGCUCAAAUUUUGGUCUUGUGUGGGGCAGAGAUAUGUCAAGGGGACGUUAAUAGAUGGCAGAUUUUACUACAAACCGGUGCCAAAUUGAUUAAAGAACAUAUUGGUGGUUCGAAUUUGAUUUCGUUAUUGACGGAUGAUAACAGUUCAAAGUUCGACGCCAUCGACUUGAUGACCAGAAAUUGGUUAUUAGCGAAUUUCAUAUACCAUGAUAUCAUGGGUUCACAGACCACAAAAUUCCCCAUGAACCAAUAUGAAACGUUAUUAUUAUCUUCAAACCCAAAUUUCACUGAUUGCAAUUUACAAGUCGAUUCCCUACAUUUGUUGAAUAGGCCCAUUUUCAAAGUAUUGGGUGAAACUACAAAUCUGAUAAGGCAAAUGAAAUCAGAGAAAUUGAACGUGUCUUCACAGAAUUUCAAGACUAUUAUGUUCAAUGCCUUGGAACUAAACCAACAGUUAUUAAAUCUCACGCCAGAUGAAAAUGGUCUUGACAUUUUAUCGCAUUGUACAGAAGAGAAUGACGACGAAAUAAACUAUAGGGAGCUAUCCGAACACCUUUUUGAGAUUUUCAGACUUUCGGCGUUAAUACAUUUAAAGAUCAAUUUUUUGAAGGUUGAAAACAAUACCUUUGAAAUAGUGUUUUAUACGAAAACGCUACUAUCAAAGCUAGAUCUUGUCUUGGGAACUAAAUUGGAAUCGUCGCUAUGUUUUCCGAUGUUCAUCUGUGGGAUCAAUUGUUUGGAUCAGGAUAGGGCCAUAAUUGAGGAUAAAUUCAUACGGUACAUUGAUACUUACAAAUGUCGUAAUGUGGUUCGUGCACAUGACAUUAUGCAAAAUGUCUGGAAGAUGGAUGACGAAGGAGAAUCUAUAGGGUCCUCGGGGGUUAGAGAACGUGAUUGGAUAGAUAUUUGUGACGAUAUCGGAUGGGAUAUAAGUUUUGCUUGA